CAUCCUAAGAGCCAGUAUUCUUGCACCACAGCAGUGGUUUACAAACGCCCUCAACUUGAAUAUGAUAACGGGUGACCAAAUCUACAGCAAUAUAAGAUUUCAAACGGAGCGAAAUUUAAUGGCCUAUCGUAUUGAAGACGAUGGAUACCUACUGGUGCGAAAUUUCCACGCAAUAAAAGAUGUUUUAGUCGCAUUCGGCAAACGGUUUCAGAUCACUUUUGCCGAUGAACCAAGCAUAUAUGGAAGCUUGAGCGACAAGAAUAAUGAAACAAACUUCGGACGCACCCUUGGUCAAGGGGUGGAAGAACUUUUCAUGGAACAUAGCGCCGGCAUAAUAAUAACAGAUGGACAAUCAUUCGGAGUGAUGUACUAUGAUAACAAAUAUUACUUCAUUAACUCACAUUCUUGUGGUCAAAUGGGAUCUAGAGCAAAGGAUAACAAUGGAAAAGCCUGCAUUAUCGAAUACGACAAUUUAGACGAGUUUGUGAGGAUUUGUAAACGUACAACAGACAGAAAAAAUGUGCAGUAUACUCUUGAUUAUUUUUAAUGAUUACUUCUCAACAUGAACUACCUAAUCAUUUAAUUCCACUGCAGACAUCUUUGAUGGCGCCGAUUGAUGUAAUGCAUCCCAAUGUGGAAGAUGAACUACAGGUUUCACAAAACCUUAACGAAAUUACCCGCAAAACGAAAGACAACAUCGUUAAUAUCGGACAUGAACUGAAAGCAGAAGAAUUUGCCUGGUACUUCUCAAAGAACAAAGGCCUGUAAAUAUUACAGCGUUAGACUACUUUCAGUUUAGAAUUUUGGGAAGUGACACAAGAUCUCAACGUAACGACUAUCUAUUUUAUGCCUUAUCCUUCUCUGAAUAUUAUAGAAUCAAAAGCACUACAUCUGCAUGCGGCUAAAAAAUUGUUAAUCAAGAAGGAGCAAUAGAAGAUGUUCAUAUUUAUGUAAAAAAUUUAAGAGGUUCGGGAGCUUAUUGGAGAUCAGCUCUGAUUGAACUAUUAGCUGAAAUCAGAUGUUUAGGACCUCCAACAUACUUUGUAACAUUUAGCUCAAAUGAGCUCAACUGGCUAGACCAACGAAAGGCUUUGCUAAUAGCCGAUGGUAGGGCUGAUGUUGAUCCCAGUACUCUCGAUAUUUAUGAGACCCAAAGACUUAUCGAGAAGUAUCCAGUAAUUUUGAGUCGACAUUCCAUGUUAAGAGUAAAUGCUCUAAUGAAAUUUAUAAAAAAUAAUGAUUAUGAGUUUGGCGGAAAAGUGAAGAAUCAUUGGUGGCGCAUUGAAUUCCAGAAUCGGGGCAGUCCUCACCUUCAUAUGGUGAUUUGGAUGGAAAAUCAUCCCGAGUUUGACUCAGAAGAAGGGAAACUUCUUCUGGAUCGUAAUUGUUGCUGUAGAAACCCUCCAGAAGAAGAAGACCCAGAGCUUCAUGAAUUAGUUAAAAAAUGUCGAAUUCAUCGGCAUACACAAACUUGUUCAAAAAAUAAUAUUUCUAUAAGAUGCCGAUUCGACUUCGCACGCCAAGAAUGUGACGAGACACGAAUUGUGUCACAUUCUUCAGAUGAUUUUCAUCGUAACGGAGGUAGAAUUUGUUUACUUAAGCGUCGAAAGGAAGAUGUUUGGGUAAAUAAUUACCACCCAGAGCUGCUAAGACUGUUGGCAGGCAACAUGGAUAUUCACCCAUGUGGAUCAAACGAAGCGAUAGCGUACUAUAUAGUACCUAUCGAAAGCAGAACCUGCAGGUAUAGAUUCUGGAAUUGCGCAGGCAAUACAGCAAAUUCAACGCGAAGAAACUGAUAUUUCACGCAAACUGUUCAGCAUAUGUAUGAAGAUUCUUCAUGAACGACAAGUAUCAGCUGCAGAAUGUGCAUAUAGACUUUGUCAUAUCCCAUUACGAGACAGUUCUCGAAGCUGCAUUUUUCUGAACACAAGAAAGGCAGAACAGCGUUACAGAGUAUUGCAAUUCGACAGAAACGGGCGCGCAACUGGUUAUUGUAGUAAUAUCUUUGAAAUAUAUCAAAAACGUCCGUUACAAUCUCCCGAUUACGAUUUUGCAAACAUGAGCCUUACAGAGUUUGCAAUGUUGUUUGAACCAUUCUAUCCGAAAAAAGUAAGCGAAACUGAGGAAAGUGUUGAUCAUGACGCGUAUGAAGAAUUUCGUAACACACGUCGUCCACUCAUUACGCUAUUAGAUAAGAGCAAAAUGGUUGUGAGAAAGGUUCCCGCAGAAUCGUUUGAAGGAAAUGAGCAGGUAUAUGCGCCAAUUUCGAGAGCGUGACCAACAGCUUGAAAAUGCAUUCAAUCAGAUACAUGCAUUUGAAAUUUUAGAACAGCCAGAGAUUAUAAAUCCUGAAGUUAUAGAAGAGGAAUUACCGGACACAGAAAUGAGCAAUGAUCAAUUUCAAAGAGCACAGCACGCUAUGAAUAUUGAUCAAAAACAAUUUUUUACUGUCAUUACAGAGAGUAUUAAGAAUCAACUUAAUGGUGAUAUUAAACGAGAGAAAAGUUUCGUCACAGGUGGAUCAGGCACCGGAAAAACUGUUCUCUUUAAUGUAUUGAAAAACCAAGUUAACCGAUGUUAUGGAAAAUUGGUCGUGAAAUUUGUCCUCUUACUGGAGUUGCAGCACGGUUGGUCGGAGGUUCUACACUACACAGCCUGUUGAAACUACCAGUACAAAAAGAUGGCGUCAUCAAUAACAUGCCACUUCUUACAGGAAAUUAUUUAAGAGGGAUGCGCCAGUUAUGGCAAAACGUUGAGUUUCUGUUCAUAGACGAAAUUUCUAUGGUGCCUUAUGAAACGCUUUGCAUGAUCGACUCUCGUUUGCGCCAACUAAAGAGACAGGACGCUUGUUUUGGAGGUAUAAAUGUCUUACUCUUUGGUGAUUUAAUGCAGUUACCACCUGUCCGAGAACAUCAAGUAUUUCAACAGCCAGAACAUAUGAAACCCGCUACACAUUUGUGGCGACAAUUCCGCCUGGUUGAACUCCAACAAAACAUGCGUCAACAAGAAGAUGCGACAUUUAUAGAUGUGCUUAAUGCUUUAAGAGUUGGAAAGUUGACGUCGAAGCAUCUUGAAGUUCUUCUUGAAAAAGUGUCAACAGAUACCACUGAAGAAUUCUCGAUUGAGAAAGCUUUAAGGAUUUACCCUACUAACGACUAAGUUGUUAUACAUAAUAAAAAAGUUCUGAAGAGCUUUCAAGAUAAAGGAACUGUUAUUUAUACGAUUAAAGCACAAGACUAACACAUUGACGCUACACGAAAUUUAGGUAAUAAGGACUUAAAUACUGUAAUACCGAAUGAUAUCAAUAAAACAGGAGGUGGAGCAAAAGUGAUGUUAAGGUCGAUAUUAUUAUAGUGAAUGGUAAUAUGGGGUUUGUUACAGAAAUUAUCUGGCCAAAUUUUCGCAGGGACCAAGUAUAUGCAGAAGACAUCCCGUCAGUACGUAUUAAUUUCGGUUCAGAUGGUGAACACGUAAUUAAGAAAAUAUCGAUACAAUUUACAGCAAAAUACAGCUAUGGAAUCGCUGAGAGACGAAUGUUGCCAAUAAUACUGAGUUGGGCGUCGACCGUUCAUAAGAUGCAAGGUUGCACAGUAGAUCACGCAGUAAUUUAUCUGGGCUCUCGACUGUUUGCUGCUGGACAAGCUUAUGUAGCACUUAGUCGUUGUAGAUCUUUGGACGGAAUUCGAAUUGAAGAACUAGACUCUUCAAAGUUGACAGCUUCAAGUAUUUUGGACAAAAUAGGCAACAGUGAUAUUGGCCGAUAUGACGAGGCCUCCUGGGCGCUUUUGCCAAGUUUUUCUACCAUAAUGACCAACAAUGGGACGUAUCUGAGAUCUAAGCAAGCGUUUAUUAUUGAUCUCAUUGUUCAAUGCUUCUGUGUUAUUAAUUCGUUCGAGCAACAUACAUAAUUGGUUACGUGGUGAUCCCCCACCAGGAGGCGGGGUUUAUAUGCCCAUCACGAUCUAAUGGAAAUGUGGUUACCUUAAGUGAUAUAAACUGCCUUAUCAACUGCUUUACCGACUGUACAGAUAAUGUAGUGUCCCUGGCCACAGCUGAUACAGCACUUCAGAUGUGCGAAGGAUAAUCUUAGCGCUAAAAGUAAUUGAGUGUUUUUUAAUUUGAUAUUAUUAUUUCUUUUGUUAUUAUUUUAAAAUUUAGUACGGUACAGAUAAUUGAUGUAUCUCGCGAUGUUAACGAUGUUGAGCAUCUCCGGCGAAUCUGCCUGCGAAUUUUCACAGCCUGGAUUGCACAUAAAAAAUAUUUAUAAUUCACCCAAAAAAACCCGUUAUCGUUUAUAAGUAUUUGGUGUUUAUUAUUUUCCAUUUUUUACAACAUGAUAUCACAACGUUCGACUUUUUCCUGUGAGGAUAUGUAAACUUUAAAGUCCAUGCGGACAAUCCAGCUUCGAUUCAGGCCUUGGAUAUUAAUAUUACGCGUGUCAUUCGCCAGUUACCGAUGGAAAUAAUCGAACAACUCAUCGAAAAUUUGAUUGGUCAGAUGAACCAUCUGAGACGUUGCCGUGGCCAAGAUUUGAAAGAGAUAAUCUUCCAAAAGUUAAAAAAGAUUCUUUCGAAUGACUGAUGAAACUCUUACAUUAAAUUUGCAAUUUCUAUAUUUUUUUAUGUAGAGAACUUUGAAAUG